CAUUUCUCUUACACAAUCUUCCGACACCAAGUUUUCGGUUUUGUUCUGCAGACAUUGGUAUGAUGAGGAAUUGAUUGGUAUAAUAAAUUUAAAUAUUUCUGGUAAAAGCUGGUCUUCGGUGAGGGUUCAACUGCUUAAAAAUUAAGCAAAUAGUAGGAUAUCCGAACGUUAAUAUAGUAAUCGGUUAGCUUCUUUCCAAGAUGUUUCAUUUGUACAAAAUUAGUGGAAACAUAGGUGUUUGCAUAUUUAGGCGUAAUUUCAGUGCACCUGUAGCACCAUUUGCUUCUCGUGUAACCCCGUAUGACGGAAAGUCGGAAGAGGACAACAACACCGAACAAAUUUCUGCCAACAGGCGUAAUAAUUUACAAAAAGCAUCUUUUGCUAGUAAAACUAAAAAUCCAAUAGUUGCUGCAGCGUUUGCUUCAUUGUUACACGAUGAUCGAAUAACGGUGAAGUCUACCAUGUCGAUAGUUCCAAAUGAAGUGGAUGAAAAAAUUAUUAAUGCAAGUACAGUGAAUGAAUUGUUAGAGAUUCCACAACAAUCAAAGGUUACACGAAAGCAAGCCUUAAAGAUAGUCUCAAUUUUGGCUGAAUGGAGUUCUAUACAAAAGAUUAAAUUAGGAGAAUUUGAAAAUGAUAAUCGAUUUAUUCAAUUAUGUAGUGUGUUAGGACGGACAAAUAAUCGGAACAAUAACGGAGGCAAAACAGCUUCGACAUCUGUACGUACAGAUUCAAAGAAUGUUGACGAUUUGCAAAUGGUAUUGGGAGUAACAGCAAACGACGAAGCAGCCAAGUUAAUUGCCGGAUUGACGAUGCCACAAAUGAUCAAAGUCAUGGCAUCUCUGGCUCAGAAAAAAAAGCGUAGUACACCAUUACUUCGGUCACUGGCGUUUAAUAUAUGUAAUAAUACGACGCGACUUAAUCUGAAGGAAUGUGCGGAUUUGCUGUAUGCCAUGGCCAAUCUUAAUUUUCGUGACUCAGUAUUGACAGCUAGAGUGUGUGCUGACAUGGAACUAGAACUAUCCCAUAACAUAGAUAAACCAGCACCGAUUGGGUCGAUUUUGACAAGUUUAAGCUUGCUACGGUAUCGAGAUACUGCAACACUAGAUUCUCUCUCUGAUUGGAUUGUUUCCAACUGCGAAAUAUGUAAACCAUCACAUGUUAGCAGUUUACUUCUUUCCUUAGCUACACUUAGCUAUGAGCCUUCAAAUGUGGAUGGCAUCAGAUCCAAAUUGAUCAACAAUUUGGUGGAGAGUGACUUUGUAAAAUCUGUCGAUUGGUUGAAUACUGUUUGGUCUUUGGCUAUACUUAAUUCUGUUUCAAAGCAGCAACUGGCAUCAGUGUUAAAUCGAAACUUUGUAGCGAACUUGGCGAACGAACGCAACGGAGAACUUACACCUGCCAUAAAGAUGAAGCUGUUAAACCUUAAUGCUUUUGCCACUAUAUCUAAGACUACUUCGUCGACUUUCACUGAAUUAGACGUGAACGAUCCUAGAUUGUUUGUUCCAGUUGAUCCUUCCAAAGGAAAACGAAUAUUGAUUGCUGGAAUGCUGGACGCGUUGAAAAGUCUUUUACCAUCGGAAAAUCAUGUCCGAAUCAAUCAAAGGACAUCAAUGGGAUUUACUAUCGACGCCGAGUGUGUAUUGGACUCGAAAUGUCUACCGCAGGCGGUUGAUAAAGAGCAUCCGAGUGCUAAACGAAUUGCUUUGCUUGUGCAUGAUUAUCACGACAUGUGUCAAGGGCCACACCCAGCGUUAAAUGGAGUACAAACACUGACUUGUCGGUUGCUGGAGAAGAAUGGAUAUUGUGUGAUAUCAAUUCCUUACAACGAGUUCAACACAAGUGACAAAUUAUUGAAACGAGUAGAGUAUCUGCAGAAAGUGUUUAAAACAGUCGUUAGUGAAAAGUCCUAGAAAUGUACAAUAAAUUGUUUUAUUAACGUUAAUAAUAGAUCGUCAACUCCAAUUGUAGAAACUAAA